ACCCGUUUCAGCGUGUAUAAAGUAUAAAAGCUGUCUGGCAGCCGCAGGUUGUUGGUCAGAUUCCCACAAAGACGGAUCAUCAAACAUGGGCAAGAUCAUCUUCUACGAGGACAGGAACUUCCAGGGGCGCUCCUAUGAGUGCAUGAAUGACUGUCCAGAGUUGUUCUCCUACCUGAGCAGGUGCCAGUCCUGCCGGGUGGACAAUGGUUGGUUUGUCAUCUACGACCGUCCCAACUACAUGGGGAACCAGUAUUUCCUGAGGAGGGGCGAGUAUGCCGACUACUCCAAUUUUGGCCUGAGCGACUCCAUCCAAUCCUGCCGCGUAGUUCCCCAGUACAGGGGCGCGUACAGGAUGAGGAUCUACGAGAGGGAGAACUUUCAAGGCCAGAAUUUUGAGUUGGUGGAUGACUGCGACAACUUCAUGGAUCGCUUCCGCCUGUCAGACUGGCAGUCCUACCAGGUGGUGGAAGGCUACUGGCUGAUGUACGAGCAGGCGCACUACAGAGGCCGGAUGUUCUACCUUUACCCCGGUGAAUACAGGAGCAUGAGGAGCCUAGGGUACAGCGGUGUGAGGUUCAACUCCUUCAAGCGAAUCACGGAUUCCUGCUAAGACGGAGCGGAAUGCUGUAUGAGCAAAUGAA